AUGCUGCAGUCCGCGAGCUUUCACGGCAGGAAGACCUUCAGCAGGCCAUGCAACGACUUCGAUGACUUCGGUGUGCCAAGUUCCGAUGAUGAGCAGGAGCUGCUGACCCUCGGCCGCUAUGCUUCCGCAACUGCACGCCGCCGCCAAAUCAAGAAGGGUCAGGCGGUGGACAUGAAGCCAGUUGUAAAGCCAGAGCCCAUCAAGACUGAAGAAAGUCCAAAGCAGACGCAGGUCGUGGUUCCGAGCAAGCCCGAGCGCAAGUCUUGGGCAGAUGUGGCUUCGGACGAUGAGGACAUGACGGAUUUCGCAUGGACGCCCCAGGAGGCCGCGAAGGUGGUGCCGUCGCCCGUACCCGCGACGGACAACUCUGAGGAGGGCGACGGAUUGUGCUGGGAUCCCAUCGGCAUGGGCUCGACGGAGUCCUCCCUUUCGGAGUUGCUCUGGAACAAGGUGAAUGUCAGCAAGCCUUCUGAGACUGCGAGGAAUCCUAGAGGCUUCGACAAGUGGUCGUGGAGCACCACCGCCACGUCCACCGACGGUGAUUUGCCAGAAGAUCAGGACCUUUCGCCGUCUGCGCAGUCACAGGCUCCGGUCAGCAUCAUCAGCUCGGAAGACAGCGCAUCCCUGCAGACCGGCCUCUUCCUGUCCACAUCUACCGAUGAGUCAGACAAGCAGCGGGUGUCCUCGCCGGCCAUGAUGCAGGAGGCAUCGCAGCGAGUCGUGCAGUCGGCCCCCACCUUCGUGAUGCCAAUGCCCACUCAGGCAGCGCAGGCGACAAUGGUGGCUGUGCCGGCAGUUCAAGCAGUACAAGCCAUGCCAGCAGUGCAAGCGCUGCCAGUGCAAGCACUGCCAGGAGUGCAAGCAAUGCCGGCAGUGCAAGCAGUGCCAGCAUUGCCUGGGUUUACAUAUCCUGCCGCCAUGGCAUUCCCUUUCGGCAUGGGAAUGCUCCCUGCCGUCAUGUCCAUGACACAUCAGCAGCACGUUCCCAGGCAAGUCGACGUACAGCAGACUCGUGGAAAGGAGGAUGAGAUCGCUCGUCCGAUUGCCCUCCGCUCUGGUCUUGGCCUUGAAGGACCGCCGAUGGGCCGAUCGCAUCGCUUCCACCAGAAGAACUCCACCAUGGGCGUCCUGAGCGAAGACGCUCGCACCUUCACCAAGCGCUCCAACAAGGGCAGACUUAGCAUCGUCUGCGAGAACAAGGUCCACUUCCAGGGGACGGUGCGUUAUUCCGUGCAGUUCACCGAUGGAGAGCUUUGCAGCGCAGACGGAGUGGGCUUCAUCAUCUCCUCGGAUCUUCCUUGCACCAAGAACAUUCAGAAGAUCGUGUCGGUCUUUGCCAACAGAACCGGACGAAUCUGCAUCCGGGUGCACGACGAGGUCGUACGUUGCCCAGAAAGGGUGAAAUGCCUGGAAGUGGGAGACUGGUUGGAGGUGUGCAGCGACCUCACCCAGCAGACCGUUAGCUUCACCGUUUGGCCCAAGGACGGCUCAGAACCAUCUUUUGCCACCGUCUCUUUCAAGGAGACUCUGGCGCAGGCUCGUGCGCGCGGUGUGAAUGGCCUGCCACGCAGCGUCUGUGGCUACCUCGCCGUGGUCAUCAAGCACCUCGGCGUCUCCGUCGCGCUGGGCUCCUAA